AUGUCUAAUUUAUCUUGAUUACAUUUCGAGUAACGUCAGGAACAAAUAACAAAACUACGAUGUAUGUUUAACAGAAAUAUAAUCGAAAUGAUGCAAGCAGCCCCUAUUCCUCCGUCUCCUACUCAGGUCUUCCCUGAUGCUGUCAAAAGGCCUGGGGUUCCAGAGGUAGAUGUGACCCCUGAGGUACAAGAGGAAGCAGAGCCGGUGCUGCAAGUAGCUACGCCGGCGCCGUUCGAGGAGCUGUCUUCAGUGGACCGGCUGCUGAUCACAAAGCGACUGCGCGUGAAGCGAGCCCUGCUGUUCCGGGGCAAGAGGAACAGGUUCUUUGUGAGGACUCCCGACCAGAACCUGCUGUAUACUGUCGAGGAAGAGAACAGCUGGUGGGUUGGUUACUUCUGCUCUGGCCUGCGUCCUCUGCAGCUGCACGUGAAUAACAGCGAUGGCGCGGAGGUGAUGCGGGUCAGUCGGCCCUUCGCCUGCACACCCAGGUUGCUGCCCUGCCAAUUGCAAACCAUCCAGGUGUACGCCCCUCCAGAGAACCUCAUCGGAACGGUGGAACAGAUCUGGACGGCGAUCGCGCCGGAGUACGUUGUGAAGGAUGCUGAAGGGAACGAGGUACUCUGGAUUCAUGGGCCAAAAAUAACGCUGAGCUGUUUCCAAGACGUGCAGUUCCACAUCACGAAGCCAGACGGCACUGCAGCCGGUGCCACAUGUAAACGCUGGCAGGGCUUGAAACACGCACUCUUCUACGCGCCAGUCUCUGACAGAUGUGGCGUGGCGUUUGAACGGGACUUGUCUGGGGUGCAGAAGGCUCUCCUCUUAGCUGCAACUUUGAUUUUUGAGUAUUUGUAUUAUGAUAUAUAGUGACGAUAUAUUAUUAUAAUAAUACAUAGUAACUGUUGUGAA